AUGCUGAGAAACAAAGUUCAUGACCUUAAUGUUACUUUGAGAAGAUUGUCUACUUGGUGGAAUCAAAGGGCAAAAGCAAGGUGGCAUGUGGAAGGAGAUACAAAUUCAAGGCUUUUUCACAAUUUUGCCUCAGAAAGAAGAAAUGGAAACCAGAUUAAUCAAAUAAAAUAUGAGUUUAAUAAAUUGCAUGAUGAGGAUGAUCAAAUUGAGAAGUUAUUCACACAAUUUUUUGAAAAGAAGUGGAAAUACAAACAAUGUGAGCCGACGGGUUGGCUGUUGGUUUCUGAAAACCAGAAGACUACAGAUGAGGAAAUGGCUUUGCUUAAUGAGGAUUUUUCAGUGAAUGAGCUGCAGAACAAGGCACCAGGUAUUGAUGGAGUUACUUCUUCUUUUUACAAGAGUUAUUGGAGUAUUGUUUGGGAGACUCUUUGGAGUGCUGUCAAUUAUUUUUUCAAGUCCAGCCAUAUGACUAAGGAGUGGAAGGAUACUUUAAUAGUCUUCAUCUCUAAAGUAAAGUACCCUUUGAUUCCAUCUAACUAG